UCCUCAUAAAUUCAUACAAAAAAGCGCCUUUUCGUAAAAAUUUAGUCUUUUUGUAUCUCAUUUGACUAAAAAAAUAACAAAUAAACUCUGUAAUAUACGAUAAUGCAUAAAUGCACCCAUUUAGAACUCAAAAGCUAGGUUCAGAAGUGAGAAACCCGUUCGUCAAUUACCGAAAGUACCAUAAGGUUAAAUUUCCAGUUUGUAUUUCGUGAAGUGUGUAAUAAAAAAAUUUCUAGCCUAAACUAGACUCCUAAACGCGCACUAAUUUCAUUACUGUCAAAUGCGAUCAAGCGUUCCAUGCUUAUUUUUGGGUAAACAAUAUACGUGAGAAGUAGAAGUUAAAAAAGUGAUUAUCGUAGAAUAACCUCGCGUUCAGUAUGGAUGAUGUGUUUUACAAAAUUAUCACAGGGAAUCCCGAAGAAGUUCGCAGAAGUUUAGAACGAUUUUCUGUUAAUCAGUAUGGGAACAAAUCAAAAUUUGAAGAGCUCAAUAAGGAAAAUAUUCGUUUGGACGUUUGGGAAGCAUUAUUUCGGCAACUCUCAGAUGAAACUUAUUCCUCCGUUCAUAGUCAGUGUCUAGCAACUCUUCGCAUACUCAGUCGAGACAAAACUAAUUUGGACGAUAUCAUCACCAAAGAAAAACUAAAUGCCGUAUUAAAAAACGCAGGACUGGCAGAAGCAGGAAGAGAGCAAAGUAAUCCUGAUGUAGCUGUUACUAUCGAAGCACAAAAGCUGCUUUGUAAUUUGCUAUUUAACAGUAUAAAUGUACAAAAAAUGAUAGUGGAUACAACUUAUUUAACACAUCUUAUAAAACGAUACAGUAAACACAAUGAAAGUCUUCCUCAUGAAAUGAAAUUAUUCGACAUUCGAAUUCUUUUCUUAACUACUGCUUUGAACGUUCCAACAAGAAGUGUCGUUAGGGAUACAUUUCUCGGCGAUACGUACCUGAUAAAAAUGCUGCAGGAAAUAUCUAAUCGUUAUGAAACCAUCCCAAUAAAGGAAGACGAUGUAAAUCUGGCUUGUGAAAUAUUAAAAACGCUUUUUAAUUUGUACAUACAACUCGACGAUUUGACUCAUAAAGCCGAAGAAAAAUUUAAGCGUCUAGUCUCCAUUUUACGCAGAUUAACUCUGAGUCAAUGUGAAACAAAAAAGGAGGAUCUUUGCAGUAAUAUCGUUAAUUUACUGACAGUAAUUCCACCUAAAUGUUACUCACUGUACAUGCAACCAGUGCAAGACGAUAAUUGCACCGAUGUCUAUGACAAUAUGGACAUGUCAGCAGUUUCAGUUUUAUUGCGCUUUUUGGAUCUGAGAUUAGAAUACAAAACAGAUUUGAUAGAAAACCUUUGUCCGAUCGUCACCUGCCUAAUAAGAUUAGCAAAAGGUGAAAGACUAAUGAGAAAAUUUAUGCGACUUCAGAUAUUACCGCCUUUGAAAGACGUAAUGAAAAGACCGGAGGAAGGAACUAGUAUCAGAGCAAAACUUUGUCAAUAUUUGACAUCGCCAAUAACAGAGUUGCGUGACCUUAUUGCGGAAUUGUUAUUUAUUAUCUGCAAAGAAAACGUGAGUCGGAUGAUUAAAUACACGGGAUAUGGAAACGCAGCAGGAUUGUUUGCAAACAAAGGAUUACUGGGUCGCCAACAACCAAAGACGGAAUACUCUUCAGAAUCUGAUGACAGUGAAACUGAGGAAUACACCAAAUAUAAAGAACAGAUUAAUCCAGUGACUGGAUGCUACGAAAAACCAAAGCCAAAUCCUCUCGAAGGGAUGAGUGAAGAGCAGAAAGAAUAUGAAGCUAUGCAGUUAGUCGGCCUUGUUGAUAAAUUGACAAGGGAAGGAGUAGUACAUCCUUGUACAAUUGGCGAGGAUGGAAAGCCAAAGCCAAUAGGACACGUCCUCGAAUUGCAAAACGAAUUGCCGAAACAAUAAACCGUUCGCGAUAGUUCAAACUCUGAUUAAGCAAUUUCCAACGUCUAAUUUAAUUGCAGACUCUUUGAUUGCAUGUAUUUAUGUAUUUUAAUUACUAUUUAUUUUUUUAAAUCGCAAAUUACUUAACGUAUCGUAUAAAGUAUUAUGCUAAAGUAUGAAACGUUUAGAUUUAUUUUAUUUAUAAACUCAAUCUUUAGUGCGAACACGCAUUCCAGAUUAAUAACUUUCAUCAAGUGCUAUGUUCUUUAUUGAAAGAUUAAAAACUAAUUUU